AUCUCAUUUACUAUAUACUUGUGCCCGCGUCGAGAUUUGCACCUCGCAUUCUUCCUGCUCGCGCACCGUUGACUAUCAAUUUUUAAACCCUUUCAAUCAAUAAGGCAGGAUGUCUUUUGUCAUCACACAAGGCUCCGAUAAGGCUAUCCAUUACGAGACCUCUGAAAUCCCCGAACCUCAAAAUGACGAGGUUCUAGUCAAGUUCCUCGCUUCCCCCGUCAACCCCCUCGACCUUCUAGUUAUAAAGGGGGCUUAUCCAGUGCGGCCAAAAUUCAGUCAAUCCGGAAACCCUAUUCUAGGCUACGAGGGUGUCGGGGAGGUCAUCAAAUGCGGCAGUAACGUCACACGCUAUCAACCCGGCGACCUGGUCAUACCCAGCACGUUCGGCGUGGGAACCUGGCGCUCAUAUGCCGCUCUAAAUGCGUCACUACUACUCAAGAUCGACCGCCCGAACGAUAUUGUCUUCGCAGCGCUGCUCAGAAUGGCCAUCGCCCCGGCGUAUUUCCUCGUCGAGGAGAUUCGCACCUUGAAGCCGGGCGAGUGCAUUAUUCAGAAUGCCGGCACAUCAACCGUGGCACAAUACGUCACGCAAUUCGCGGCCAGUCGUGGCGUCUCCGUCAUUAGCGUUAUCCGUGAUCGCUCCUCAGAUGAGACGCAGCGCGUCAAGAGUGCCUUACUCGCGGCCGGUGCUGAAAAGGUGUUCACCGAGAGCGAGCUAGCGACUCAAGCUACAGAAUUGAGGAAAUCUAAGAAAAUCGCUUUGGCAUUAGAUUCCGUGUAUGGAGCCUCCGGUUCCUUACUUAUGAGUGCGUUGUCAGACGGUGGUACUUUUGUCCACUUGGGAUUCCUAGGUGGUAGCACAGGCAAAUUGGAGUUAGGGCCCCAGGAUCUUUUCGGUCGAAGAUUAACCCUCAGGGGGUUUCGGGGCUCGGAUCAUAUGGCUGCUCGCAGUGCCGAAGAGCAGACGAACUUGUUGAAUUAUUGGAUCGCUAUGUUAAAUCGGAACGAGCUUCAACUCCCUGUACUGGGACUGAACCUCGUAGAGCUAGAUUCCGGACCGGCGAGCGGCACAGCUGCCCUUAAUACAGUGCAGAGGGCUCAGGAGAGCUCUAUUGGUCAGAGGAAGCAGAUCUUCCUUCUAAAGUAGUUUUUAAAUCCCGCAUGAGUCAUCAAACGCUGAACGCACUUCUGUUUAUUUCAUC